AUGUAUCCUGGAGGAGGGUUUGAGUUAGGGUCUCGCGCCACAGCUUCCAGUGCCGCUCGGCGGGUUGUUCAGAUCGGGGCCACUGGAUCAAGUCUCUUUUAUACUUCUGCCCCCUCCAAACUAGUGAGAGUACUGGAUGGUGGUUCCAUCGGCACUCACAAUGUUGGUGACGGUAGAGACCUCCAGAUACAAGUGGCACCAGUUCAGCCAAAGCAAGUCCUCCUGAUCCCCUUUGGCCUCAAUGAACACCAACAUGAGGAGCUGAUCAUUCUCAUGGUGGAGCGGAAGCUGGGAAGAGUCGGACUCGACAUGCACGUCGUGGUCCUCCAUCGACUUCCAAACCCGUUUUAA